AUGCAGAUGACAGGAACGAGAGUCGUCAAUACGUCCCAGUCUGUCGCCGAGCUGGCUGACAAGCUUGUCUCCAUCUAUACACUCAGACGGAAGAAAGCACUCUCUGAGCCAGUCAUUUACAUCGACCUUGAAGGUUCGAACUUGUGUCUUGAAGGCUCAGUCUCUAUCUUGACCCUUCUCAUCGACCUAGAGACCUCACCGAAGCAGGCCUACCUUAUCGACGUUCACACACUGGGCGAAGAAGCACUCAACACGGCAGGUGUAGGGAAAACCACUCUAAAUGACGUAUUCCAGGAUGAAGAGAUCCCCAAGGUCUUCUUCGACGUUCGCAACGACUCCGACGCAUUGUUUUCUCACUAUGGUAUCGCCCUGCAAGGUGUCGAGGACGUACAACUCAUGGAGAGUGCCACACGAGAGACUACUGAAUCGAGAAGAUACCUCAACCGACUGAAGAGAUGUUUCGAGACGACCUUUUCGUGUGGGUUCUCCCAACACCGAUUAGAUUGGUUAAAGGCCAAGAAUACGGGAGAGAGACUGUUCGAAGCCGACCACAAGGUAUUCGACGAGCGACCGAUCCCAACACCAAUCAUUGCAUACUGCGAAGGCAAUGUCCGAUGCCUCCCCCAGAUACGUAACAGACUGAUGGUGGGGCGGUCCCAGCAAUGGCAUGACCUCGUGCUUGGCGAAAUAAAGAAACGCGUUGCAUCGACUCACGCGCCGGACUAUCAACCUCAUGGCAAAGAUAGGGCUCUAGCUCCGUGGAGUCCUGAACAGAACGCAGCGUUGGACAGAUUAAACUGUAAACCUACCAUGGAGGAGUACUUAGAGGCGUUGUAA